ACAAGGGAGGUUGUUAUCCUCGGCAGAUCUCCCGUUCUCACCCUUGGAGGAUCGCUUUUUCUUUCUAGCCUCACGCUCAGCCGCACGACCCAGGUAGGCCUAACGCCAGCAGCCCUUCCCCUCCGGUGGCAAGGCCACUCCGCUCAGCUUCCGCGCCGACGCUACUUCCGGUCGAGUCAAGGCCCCUCCCCCUUAGAAACGCCACUACCCUCCGUGAAAACGGUUGGACAAGGUUGAACCUGGAGGCAUGCGCCCAAAGCGCGGGGUGUGAGGUGGGUGGACCUAUCGCUUCCCGCUCUCUCAUCCCAAAGCGCUUGAGGCAGUCUCGCGGGAUUUCCUCCUCUCGCGGGAAUUAUUUGAACGUUCGGGCGGUAAAUACUCCCGGGGGCUGUCAGAGAAGACUCCGCGGAGAACUCUGCCUCUGGGUUGGCGGGCGGGCAGGCUGUAGCCGAGCGCGGGCAGGACUCGUCCCGGCAGGGUUCCAGAGCCAUGGGAGCGGAAAGGAGGCUGCUGUCGAUUAAGGAGGUCUUUCGGCUGGCGCAGCAGCCGCACCAGAACCAGGCGAAGCUGGUGGUGGCGCUGAGCCGCACCUACCGCACGAUGGAUGAUAAAACAGUUUUUCAUGAGGAGUUCAUUCAUUACCUUAAAUAUGUUAUGGUGGUCUAUAAACGUGAACCAGCUGUGGAGAGGGUAAUAGAAUUUGCAGCAAAGUUUGUUACCUCAUUUCACCAAUCAGAUACGGAAGAGGAUGAGGAAGAGGAAGAUGGUGGCCUUUUAAAUUAUUUGUUUGCUUUUCUCUUAAAGUCUCAUGAAGCAAACAGCAAUGCAGUGAGAUUUAGAGUGUGCCAGCUCAUAAACAAGCUUUUGGGAAGUAUGCCAGAAAAUGCUCAGAUUGAUGAUGAUGUGUUUGAUAAAAUUAAUAAAGCCAUGCUUAUUAGAUUGAAAGAUAAGAUUCCAAAUGUGAGAAUACAGGCAGUUCUGGCGCUUUCACGACUUCAGGAUCCCAAGGAUGAUGAAUGCCCAGUGGUUAAUGCAUAUGCUACUUUGAUUGAAAAUGAUUCAAAUCCAGAAGUUAGACGGGCAGUGUUAUCAUGUAUUGCACCAUCAGCAAAGACUUUGCCAAAAAUUGUAGGGCGCACUAAGGAUGUGAAAGAGGCUGUCAGAAAGCUGGCUUAUCAGGUUUUAGCUGAAAAGGUUCAUAUGAGAGCUAUGUCCAUUGCUCAGAGAGUAAUGCUCCUUCAACAAGGUCUUAAUGACAGAUCAGAUGCUGUGAAACAAGCUAUGCAGAAGCAUCUUCUUCAAGGCUGGUUACGGUUCUCUGAAGGAAAUAUCUUAGAGUUGCUUCAUCGGUUGGAUGUAGAAAAUUCUUCUGAAGUGGCCGUCUCUGUUCUCAAUGCCUUGUUUUCAAUAACUCCUCUCAGUGAACUGGUGGGACUCUGUAAAAACAAUGAUGGCAGGAAAUUGAUUCCAGUGGAAACAUUAACUCCUGAAAUUGCUUUGUAUUGGUGUGCCCUUUGUGAAUAUUUGAAAUCAAAAGGAGAUGAAGGUGAAGAAUUUUUAGAGCAGAUUUUGCCAGAGCCUGUAGUAUAUGCAGACUAUUUACUGAGUUACAUCCAGAGCAUUCCAGUUGUUAAUGAAGAACACAGAGGUGAUUUUUCCUAUAUUGGAAAUUUGAUGACAAAAGAAUUCGUAGGUCAACAACUGAUUCUAAUUAUUAAGUCUUUGGAUACCAGUGAAGAAGGAGGAAGAAAAAAACUGCUGGCUGUUUUACAGGAGAUUCUUAUUUUACCCACAAUCCCAAUAUCCCUGGUUUCUUUUCUUGUUGAAAGACUACUCCACAUCAUUAUAGAUGAUAAUAAGAGGACACAAAUUGUUACAGAAAUUAUCUCAGAGAUUCGGGCGCCCAUUGUUACUGUUGGUGUUAAUAAUGAUCCAGCUGAUGUAAGAAAGAAAGAACUCAAGAUGGCUGAAAUAAAAGUUAAGCUUAUCGAAGCCAAAGAAGCUUUGGAAAAUUGCAUUACCUUACAGGAUUUUAAUCGGGCAUCAGAAUUAAAAGAAGAAAUAAAAGCAUUAGAAGAUGCCAGAAUAAACCUUUUGAAAGAGACAGAGCAGCUUGAAAUUAAAGAAGUCCACACAGAGAAGGUACAGAAUGAUGCUGAAACAUUGCAGAAAUGUCUUAUUUUAUGCUAUGAACUGUUGAAGCAGAUGUCCAUUUCAACAGGCUUAAGUGCAACUAUGAAUGGAAUCAUUGAAUCUUUGAUUCUUCCUGGAAUAAUAAGUAUUCAUCCUGUUGUAAGAAACCUGGCUGUUUUAUGCUUGGGAUGCUGUGGACUACAGAAUCAGGAUUUUGCAAGCAAACACUUCGUAUUACUAUUGCAGGUUUUGCAAAUUGAUGAUGUCACAAUAAAAAUAAGUGCUUUAAAGGCAAUCUUUGACCAACUGAUGACGUUCGGGAUUGAACCAUUUAAAACUAAAAAAAUCAAAACACUUCAUUGUGAAGGUACAGAAAUAAACAGUGAUGAUGAGCAAGAAUCAAAAGAAGUUGAAGAGACUGCUACAGCUAAGAAUGUUCUGAAACUCCUUUCUGAUUUCUUAGAUAGUGAGGUAUGUGAACUUAGGACUGGAGCUGCAGAAGGACUAGCCAAGCUGAUGUUCUCUGGGCUUUUGGUCAGCAGCAGGAUUCUUUCUCGUCUUAUUUUGUUAUGGUACAAUCCUGUGACUGAAGAGGAUGUUCGACUUCGACAUUGCCUAGGCGUGUUCUUCCCUGUGUUUGCUUAUGCAAGCAGGACUAAUCAGGAAUGCUUUGAAGAAGCUUUUCUUCCAACCCUGCAAACACUGGCCAAUGCCCCUGCAUCUUCUCCUUUAGCUGAAAUUGAUAUCACAAAUGUUGCUGAGUUACUUGUAGAUUUGACAAGACCAAGUGGAUUAAAUCCUCAGGCCAAGACUUCCCAAGAUUAUCAGACUUCCGUCUCAAGCAUAUACCACAAAGCAUGAAAAAAACAAGACCUUGGGAAAUGUGGAGAAAUCAUAUGAAAACAGAAGUAAUCAAUGCUAACAUUUUUGCUACUGAAAAGAAAUUACUAAAAAUUCACCACCCACACACCAUGCCCACCUAGUACUGACUGUUAAUCUGAAGUAAUAACCUGCGUUAUCUAGGACUCACAGAGUCUUCAAAUGUUGGCUUACCUGCUAUGCUUCUGGCACAAGGAUGGAGAAUUCAAAGACUAGAACUCACCUCAAGCUUUUUUGGCUUUUAAUUCAAAGAAGAUGAAUCAAUUGCACACUGACUCACAGACUGAACUUAAGCUGGGUUGUUUUAAUCCUUUAAUGGCAUUUGGUCAAACUUGUUACCAUUUUUGAAAUUUAAUGUAUUAGUGAUUUCAGAUGCUAACAGAUUAAGUUGAAAGUAUUAUUCUCUUUUAUUUGAUAUUUAGUGAUAAGCUACUCUGUUCAAUUCAUAUGUUGUAUAUUAUUGUAUAAAGAUAAGAUUACAAAGGAUAUUAGGCAAAAUUAGGUAAGGGUCAGUAAUAGAGCUAUUAAGCACUUCAUGACUUGAGACAAGGGCAAGAGUCAUGUGGUAGGAAUGAUGAGUACAGCAUUAGUUUUAAAACUUAUUGACCAAAAUUCAGUUAGGCCUUGUUGGUAUUUGGGGAGUGGUUUGGGUAGAGGAAGGAUGUUUUAGUAAAGGUGAUAUAUGUAGAUGGUUAUGCAAAUGUUGGGGAACUGUAGAAAGAUGACUUUGGCUAAGGAUCCUGAAUAGGACUGUUAGGGGUAGAACACUGGGGGUAGAUUAUAGAUUGCUUUAAAGGCCAAUGUAGGGAAUUUGGAGUUGGCCUUAUUUGCAAUGGGUAAUUAUGCAGGGCUUAUGAUGAAAGGGUUAAUGUCAUGAAAACCACUUAUUAGAAAGAUUAAUUUGGUGGUCAGUGAUGGUUAUAUGAGAUGAAUUGGUGAGCAGAAAGAAAAGAAUAUUAAUAAAGAAAGCAGCUGAAAAUCUGUAUAAUUCGCUUGUAGAAAAAGUACUAGAAAGUAAUAGUAGAAAGUAGAAAGAAUAGAAAUUGACCUAAUAAAGAAUUAUGGGUACAAGAAUCUAAAAGAAAGAGCUUGAGAGGCAAGGGAGAUGGAGGAGUCCAGGAAAACUCUAAGUAUGUGUAACAGCAGACUUCAAAGGAGCUGUUGACAUAGUUUAAUUGGGGAGUACUCUCAUGAUCAGCAUCUUGGAAGAGUAAGGGAAAAGUAGAUUGGGGCAUAGCCUUAAGUUCAACUACUGCUAUGCAAGCAAAGGCCCCAGCCAAUCCCAUAGGGAGUUCCAGAACUGGGAUGUUCCUUUGAGUUGUCCAGAAUGGAGACAAGCUGAGACAUCGUACCUGUGCACUGGCCAGCCAUUGGAUUUGGACAAAUCUUUGGGAGAAGAGGUAUGAUCUUGGACAAGGUCCACCAAAGUCCACCAUCGUCAGCCUGGAUCAGUACUGCAGCUGGGAACUUUUACCCUCCAAAACAUGCAGCAACUGCAUGAGUUGCUCUUUCCUAAAGGGAAUGAGUGCUUCUUUCCUAAAGGGAGUGGAACUGGGCCCUAUAUCACAACAUCCACUACAAGAAGUCAAGAAGGGGAGCUUAUUUUGGGCGUAGGGGCAUGUUAAAUUUGGUUUUAGACAUUUUAUAUUUGGGAUUAUGGCAAGAAAAUUAGUUGGAAAUAUUUGUUAGAUGUGUAAGACUAUAUAAUAAUCAUAAUCAUCUUCAAUU